CGGUAUUUUGUCGAUAAAAAUAUCCAGAUGGCGGUGCAGGAUUGCAGCUCUACCCCAUCAGCUGUUGUUGUUAAAAAUUUCUGAAAUAAUUACGUAAAUUUCGGCAGCCGACAAUGUCGAUCUUACGCUCCAAGUACUACGAUCAUCCCGAUGGGGAGGAUGCCUUUGGCAAGAUUGUGGCCACCAACAAAUACGCCGCCGCCGCCGGCCUGGCCUGGUCCACAGUCGAUGUGCUGACGCUGGCGAAGCCAAAGGGCUACCUGCCCACGCUGGGGCGCUUUGCCUACAACACGGGUCCGCUGAUGGGCAUGGCCACAGCAUUUACGCUCACCACACUGGCAGCCACCAAUGCGCGCGGAAAGGAUGACAAAAUUAACUACUUGCUGGGCGGAUUCGCUGCUGGUGGCGUCUUCGGUGCCUGGAAACACAACCAUGUGGCCGGUCUCUGUGCUGGUCUCUUCCUAGGCAUUGCCGGUGUUCUUAAGAAGAUGUCCAUUGAACAGGGCUGGGAGUUCUUCCCCGACACACCCACCAAGCAGUACGGCGGCGUCAACAUUGCCCAAAACGAUUGGAGCCUUAUGGCCGAUCGUCCCAAGGGCUGGACCUCGGAGAAGCAGGCCUAGACGUGGAGAGGAAUGGAGUCUUCGUUCUUAUGUUUAGUUUAAUGAUUCAAUUAGUGACGGAUUAGGCCAAAUUCCUGUGCCAGCGCCACUGCUGGAGCCGAAUAAAAGCCCAAGUGAGAAGUGAUAAUGUCAGUUGAA